AUGCAAGCUGGAUCCAAGGACCCAACCGGUUUGGAUAACCCCGGUUCUGAAGCAGGCAUCUCGGCCGCUUUAUCUGGUUCCGGUGAAGCCACCGAAUCUAGCAAUCAGACCAGUGCAGUAUCUCAAAAUGUCCCCGAUGGAACAAAUGAACCCGCUCCCCAGUCCAGUAGUACACAACUGUCUGCCGCAGCCUCAUUCUUCACCAGGUACGUGCUGUACACCAUAUUUUCUCUUCGUAUCAAUUGA